GCUCCUGCAUGAUGCAUAUACACACAUUCACAUAUAGAUACAACACACACCGACGAUGCCACCACCGCCAGCCCCUCCAUACAAACCGACGACACACUCUCCGCUGGCAAGAUUCCCUUUCUGUCCUUCUCUCUCUCUCUCUCUCUCUCUCUCUCUCUCUAAGUUAACUGCCAUCUUUGUUUCAGCCUCUCCCUCAUUAUCUCCUUUCACUCUGUAACACCCACCUCUCUCUCUCUCUCUCUCUCUCUCUUCUAUUUUUCUUUUGAUUAAUUCUGUUUCUGUUAUUAUUACUAUUAUUAUUAUUAAUAAGGAAAGGAUGGGCUGCGCCAGCUCUAAGCUCGACGACCUGCCGGCGGUGGCCCUCUGCCGGGAGCGGUGCGCCGCUCUCGAUGAAGCCAUCCACUUCCGCUACGCCUUUGCCGAAGCUCACUUCGCCUACUUGGAGUCUCUCAAGACCGUCGGCCGCUCCUUGCCCGACUUCUUCCUCUACGAUCUGGAUAACGCCGGCGGCGGCGGAGGCCUCCCCUCCCCUGUCCUCAAUCUGCCGCCUCAGGGAAAGGCCGAUCCCCAAUCCUACGCUUCUCCCCCUCAGAAGGGGCGGGCUAUUCAUCACUCCGGCUCCAACUCCAACUCCGGCUCCCAUCUCCAGUUCCACUCUGAUUCCGAUUCCGACGAUUCGGUUUCCGACUCUCCUCUUCACCAUCACUCCGGCGACGCUUCGCCUCUGCAUCCUUACGGUCAGAUCAAUUAUCCCGAUCACGAACCCCUUGGCGCGUACCCCGGAGGAGGGUUUAUGAAUACGAACAUGAACGUCAAUUACAUGAAGAAUCAACCGACUAGCUCCGUGUCGUUCGUGAAACAGCCUAUGAGCCCAAAGAUUGCACAUAUGGGCGAAUCUUCUUCUUCGUCUUCCUAUUAUCCUUAUCCUUACGCGAAUCAAAACCCUAAUUCCCAUUCGAACUACGGUUAUCCGGGAUACGGAGGCGGGAUCAACGGUUUCUUCGGUUCGCCGCCGGGGUCGUACGGCUUGCCUUAUCCACCGCCUCAGGGGGGGCCUGCUUCAUCGACAUCAGAGGCGUCGACUUCGAAAGCGCCUCCGCCUCCGCCGCCUCCUCCCUCGGGUGGCUCGGCUUGGGAUUUCUUGUACCCCUUUGCGAGUUCUGACAAUUAUUAUCCUCCUUACACGCCAAGUCGUGAUUCAAGGGAGGUGAGAGAAGAGGAGGGGAUUCCUGACUUGGAAGACGAGGAUUUGCAAGAAGUGGUGAAGGAAGUGUACGGGAACCACAAGUUUGUCGAUGGCGGAGGCGGCGGCGGUGGAGGGAAAAAUUAUUCCAAGGGGGUGGCGGAGGACCAGGAUGACAGGGAAAAUGAUUCUGAUUACCAUACUAGGCCGCCGAGUGUUCCAGCUGAAAAUGAUCCGGUUGAAUAUGAGGUGCAUGUGGUGGACAAGAAAGUUGUUGAUAAGGAGGAGAGACCAGGAGAUCGCAGCAAUGCGUCUGCUUUCAAGGCUCGGGCCGAUUCUGACGUUCUGAGGGAAAUUCAGGCUCAGUUCGAGCGAGCUUCGGAGGCUGGGAAUGAGCUUGCGAAGAUGCUUGAGGUUGGAAAGUUUCCAUACAAGAAAAAUGCUGCCUAUCAAGCUUCUUCGAAGAUGUUGCAUGUAGUUGCCUCUUCACGACCAAUAAUAUCAUCGCAGCCUUCCACUUCUGAAAAUGCUGGGUCAUCCUCUGCUGACAAAGGUGACACAGGGGUUGAUGAUGAUGUGGGGAUAAGGUCAGGGGGUCUUUCUUCUACAUUGCAGAAGCUGUUCCUCUGGGAGAAGAAACUACAUGAAGAAGUUAAGGUUGAGGAGAAAAUGAGGGUAAUGCAUGAAAGGAAGUCCCAGAAGCUAAAGCAUUUGGAUGAAAAAGGUGCUGAGGCUCAUAAAAUUGAUGCAACAAGAACUCUAGUGAGGAGUCUUUCCACAAAAAUAAGAAUUGCAAUUCAGGUUGUUGAUAAGAUUUCUGUGAAGAUAAAUAAAUUGAGAGAUGAAGAGUUGUGGCCACAGUUGAAUGACUUCAUUAGAGGUUUAAGCAGAAUGUGGAAGUCUAUGCUUGAAUGCCAUCACAAUCAAUUCCAAGCUAUUGGACAAGCUAAACGGUUAGAUUCUAUUGUGUCCUCCAAACACUUUCGUGCUGGACAUCUUGAAGCCACAUCGCAGCUUGAGCAUGAGCUUCUUGACUGGACGAAAAGAUACUCUAAUUGGGUUGCUGCUCAGAAGGGCUACAUCCAAGCACUAAAUAGGUGGCUAAUAAAAUGUCUCCUGUAUGAACCCGAAGAUACGGCAGAUGGACCUGUUCCUUUCUCUCCUAGUAGAAUUGGAGCUCCUCCUAUUUUUAUAAUAUGCAAUCAGUGGUCGCAAGCAUUGGACAGAAUUUCUGAGAGGGAAGUUCUUGAUUCUAUGAGAGAUUUUGUCUCAAGUGUGCUUCAACUGUGGGACCGGGAUAAGGUAGAAAUGCGUCAGAGGAUGAUGGCAACCAGGGGCAGGGAGAGGGAAGUGAAAAAGUUGGAGAGGAAGGACCAGAAGAUACAGAGGGAGGUUCAGGCAUUAGACAAAAGGCUGAUUCUGGUCUCCGGGGAUGGCAAAGCUCUUCCAGUAAAUGGACAUGCUGUAUAUCAGAGUGACACCAAUAAAACUCGUAGUCUGCAGGUGGGUCUGCAACAUAUCUUUGAGGCCAUGGAGAGGUACACAGCUAACUCCUUGAAAGCAUAUGAGGAGUUGUUGCAACGGAUUGAAGAGGAUAGACAGGAUAGACUUGCUAGAGAUGAAGAGAAAAUUUCAUAGCAUGUUUAACUGUAAAUCAAAACUGUUUGAUUGGGACUGCUUGCAGCAUGCAUGCAGCCGGGUUGAGAGAUCUAAGCUUUGGAAGAGUGCUGUUGUUGGAUAUGUUUGCUCCAUGAGUCAAUGCUGCUGGCGUUGGAGAAAUGGCAUUCUGUAAAUGGAAUUUUAAUUUUUGAGGGCUAAAUCUGCAUUUUGUUGUUCAAGUACCAAAGAGAAGCAGCAAGAAAUGUUUGAAGACGCAUCUUCACGAAGUUGCCCCGAUAAUUAUAAAUCAUUCUGUGAUGCGUCGUGGGGAUUCAGAAGCAUUCUGUAGUGGCCUGCCAGGUGGGGUACAAUGCUUUGCUUAAUCUGCGUCAAACACCCAGCAGCCGCAGCCGCAGCCGCAGCCGCGGCAUUCUUUAAGGGCGGUUUUACUCACUGAUUGCUUAGGGAAGCACGACGUAGAUUUGCUUUGUCGUGGGCCAUCUUUAUUGGUGGGUGAUUUGGCUCUACUCUGGAUUGGGGAAGUGCAAGUGCUGUGGGGCAGGCAUCUUGGGCUUGUGGCCCAGUCGGACCUUGGGGAGAAACAAAACAAAGUCUCCUUCAAUUUUGUAUAUUAGCAUGCUCACGGUGGCUGGCUGGUUUACUCAACUCAGGUGACGGUCGGUAUAUAUGCCCAUGAAUCAAUCAAUUAAACCUUUGUAAAAUAGGGUUACAUUAAGAGGGAUAUUCUUUAAUAAUCUCAAAGUCUUAUUAUUAUUGUUGUU